UCUUAGUGCCUCAUAUGAUUUUUAAGAUAAAACCACACCCAACUCAGCUUCUGAUUAACACCAGAGAUGAUUUCCUGUCACAGUCAGGAAUCAGUUGAAUCAUAUUUGAUCAGAGGCUAAAGUAGAAGCACAGAGCUAAUCUGUGGCCAAGGUGAGAGAGUGAAACCUGAAUGCAUGCUCUUUGUCUCCCUCCACAGCUGCUUUGCUGAGUUACAUCAGGCCAGGCUUUCUGGAGGCACUGUUAAUGCUAAGAACAAGGAAAAUAAGAAAAUCCUUCAAACAGUCAAGCGCUGUCUUUCCGUUGUCAAUGAGGACUAUGAGGAAGACUAUGAACAGGAUGCCCAUGAAUGUGUGUUGCUCCUCCUCUUUCAGCUGAAGGAGGAGGGUAUGGCAUUAAAGGGCUCACCAGAGCCAUACACCUGCCCCGUGAAGCAGUUAGAAUUCAAGCUGAAGACUUCCCGUACCUGCACCAGCUGUGGAGUUAUAGUGUAUGGUCAGGAGGAUUACAAUCACUUGUCCCUGAGCCUGAGCCAUUACCUGCCACACAGCCUGGACCUCUACUUUAAGCCAUCUGCGUUAGAGUGUGCAUGCAGGGUGUGCUCAGGCAGCAUGGCAUCUGUGACUAGGCACUUCCUCACGCUGCCCCGGGUCCUAAUGCUUCAUAUCAAGCGAUUUACUGCAGGCAACUGGGAGCCAGAGAAGGUGGAUGAUCCCAUGUCCAUCCCUGCAGAAAUAACCCUCCCAGCCGUAUGUGGGAAGACAGCCCAUGUCCAGUAUGGAGCCAGGGCAAGCUCCCUGGGGAAAAACAACAUGGACAACACACCUGCAAACUCCCCGAAAGGCACCCUUGAUAGACCAGAGACACCAGCCAGACAAUAUCUACAAAUUGUCAAGUGUGAUCUCACAUCUGGGAGACAACAUGUAUACAGGCCACUACAUCAGUGAUGUUUUGGACAGCCGUGGCAGUGGGUGGCUCUGCCUGGAUGACGCACAUGUCUUGAGGACAGAUGAGGCCACUGUGCUGAAGGCAAUUGCACAGACUGCCUACAUCCUGUUCUAUGUCUGCAGUGGAGCAGGUGAAGGAGACCAGGCACCUCACUACCAGGAGAAGCACCAGGAGAACCCAUCAUUAAACUCAGGGAGAGGCACAGCACUCAGGGACCACCUGGAGUAGCACCUACCACACACCAAGAAACAUCAGAUGAAUCGAAUUAGGCUGCCCUACACCACCAUCAACUGCCUUAGAAUACCAUAAAGCUGCUCUAGACCACCAUCAGUCUACCCUACUCCACCAUCAAGCUGCCCUACUCCACCAUCAAGCUGCCCUACACCACCAUCAAGCUGCCCUACACCACCAUCAAGC